UCGCUUUCUCUUCCGGUCCGCCACUCCUCCUGUCCCGCCAUGGCUCACCUCUUCAACUUCAUUCCUCUCUUUGUGUUUUAGUCCGACAUACGUGCUUUAUGUUAGUUUGACACACUUUCUCUUGUGUUGCAGCGCUCCUGGACGCCAUGUUCACCAGCAGCGGGUCCCGGGGUUUGUACAAGGCUCCUUUGUGCAAAGGCCUCCUGCUGGUGCUUAGCGGGCUCACAGUGAUGCUCAGCCUUCUUCCACAGCACCAACACAUGUUUGAGUACAGCCUGCAUGCUGUCAGUCAACAGCAGCAAGUGUGGAGGCUGUUGUGUGGCAGGCUGGUGUGUCUGGAUGUGAAGGAUUCCUUCUGCAGCGGCCUUUUAAUCUACAAUUUCAGAAUCUUUGAGAGGAGGUUUGGCUCCAGGAAGUUUGCUUCCUUCCUGUUGGGCAGCUGGUGUCUGUCUGCACUGCUGGACUUCCUGUUGGCUCAAGCUGUCUUCUUCCUCUUUGACUACGAGGUGGAGGAGCUGCCUGCAGGACCGCUGGCCCCGGUCUUCUCCCUCUUUGUGCCUUUCUACUGCUCCAUCCCCAAGGUGGUGGUCACACAGGUGCUGGGUCACUUCAACAUCACCAACAAGACUCUGGUCUACGUGGUCGGGCUGCAGCUGCUGACCUCCAGCCCCUUCAUGUGGCUCCUGGCGCUCAGCGGGCUGGUCUCGGGUGCUUUGUACCACUCCAACCUUCUCUGGGUGCAGAAGCUUCUCUUCGUGCCCGCCUGGCUGGGUUUUGUGGCACGCUGCCUCCUGGAGCCCGUCUUCUCCGGCUCGCCGCCGACUGAUGAGGCUCCGCUUGGGAUGGGCGCCACUCUGGACGUCCAGAGGCAGCAGAGGAUGGACCGACUGGAUCAACAGCUGCUGCUGGCCCAGUUCAACGAGGCCCGCGUGGACACCCGACACACACCACAGGCCAGUUUGCUGCAGUGGACCCGGUUGUUUCCCAGACUGAGGCGAAGAGGAGCGAACAGACCCCCCGCAGAGCCUGGCCCACAGAUCCAGACGCAGCCCUCCGCCCAGGCGCCGCCAUUAGACAACUCGGUGGCAGAAGAGCAAGUUGCAAGGCUGGUAGAAAUGGGCUUCUCCAGGACGGACGCCCUAGAGGCCCUCAGAGCGUCCAACAACGACAUCAACAUGGCCACCAACUUCCUGCUGCAACACUGACAGACAGACACUUCGCUGUGAGAGCAGGAAUAGACGUAAAGCAGAGGAGGCGUGGCUAAGGCCAACAUUUCCUGUGCAGGUAAUGUGCAGGCAGCGUGCGGACAGGUGGCGCCCCAAGACGGAGCAGGUGUGACCCACCAGGAGGUGUGCAGCCCAAAGUGGGACACUGUGGGGGAGGGAGGGAGGGUCAGCUAUUCAGACAUCAAGACUCGUGUUACGGCUUUCAAAAAACUCUUCUCAUGACUACUUUCCACUACCCAUACCUGUCUUAAUCAUAUACAACACCUCCCACAACAGAUAGAUAUAUUUUUAUACAGGAUGCAUUUCACACUGCGUUUAAAUAGCAUUGGUUAUAUUCCAAUAGUCCAAACUCUUUUCUUUCUUUAAAGCAGGGGUGCCCACUCUUUUUCUGCAGGCGAGCUACUUUUCAAUUGACCAACUCGAGGGGAUCUACCUCAUUUAUAUAUAUCAUUUAUAUUUAUUUAUUUAUGAAAGAGACAUUUUUGUAAACAAGUUCAAUAUGUUUAAUGAUAAUACAAGCCUGUGUAACACAUAUAGAUGUCUUUCUUUCACAAAGACAAGAAUAUAAGUUGGUGUAUUACCUGAUUCUGAUGACUUGCAUUGAUUGGAAUCAGACAGUAAUGAUGAUAACGCCCACAUUUUCAAAUGGAGGACAAAAAAAGUUGUCCUUUCUGUACAAUACCACAUGAAAGUGGUUGGUUUUUGGCAUCUAAUUCAUCCAACUUCCAUACACUUUACAAGAAAAACAUUGGCGGCAAAUUCCGUAGCUUGCUUGAUUGACAUUCACGGCACCCGAGG